UACCAUGGAUACCCAGGAAGUCGCAUGAUCCACAUGGCCAGUGCAUGUGGCCAUGUCGAUGUCGUUAGAUGCCUCAUACAAAAAGGAUGCGACGUAGAUGCAGUCUGUCUGGAGACGGAGACGACGCCACUUAUGUUCGCCAGCAACAGAGGUCACUUAAAGGUUGUAGAGCUGUUGGUAGAGAACGGGGCGGACAUACUACGAGUGAACAAAGAAAAUGAUUGUGGUCUCCACCUGGCAUGCAGAGCCAACCACGAGGAUAUCGUGCGCUUCUUCCUAAACAGCGGGAUGGACGUAGACUGCAGAGGGGAACACGGAAGAACGCCUAUCAUGUUUGCGUGUCGUUUCGGGUAUGAACGUCUUGUAAGUUACCUGCUCAGCAAAACCCCAGAUGUAUAUGCUAUACCAAGAAAGGACUAUAACCACAACUGUCUGCAUCUGGCCUGCAUAAAUGGCAGUGUUACAAUCGUACAGGCCUUGUUUGACUAUGGCAUGGACAUCGAUGUGAUUUCCCUUGACCAAAGAAGGACUCCGGUAAUGUUCGCAUGUCGUCAUGGACAGCUACAAGUGGUUCGACGUCUUAUGCACUGUAGAGCAAAUAUGACAAAGGUUGACAUUGAUGGACUAACGUGCCUACAUCUUGCCGCAAUGAGCGACAAUGUUGAUUUGAUAGAGUUGCUUGUGAGUACGGUAAGGCUGGAUAUCGACUGCCAAUCUCGUAGAGGAAUCACAGCACUGAUGUCUGCUGCCAGUAAAGGUUUCGUCGAGGCUUUCUUUUGUCUGAUCAAGCACGGGUCGAACCCCUAUGCCUUUAACCACAAUAAGGAGACGCUCCUACAUAUGGCAGCACGAGGAGGCAGUGUUCAGAUUAGCGAUUGGCUCCUUAAAAAAGGAAAAGCACUACAAGUGAAUCGGAAAUGCAGACGUGGUAGUUCACCAUUGGAUAUAGCUAUGAAAUGUAGUCAUUUGGAGUUGAUCGAUUUGUUUAAGAGCUGGAGUGGCCACAUGUCUUGAAUGUUCAAUUCACCACUUUGCUGUUCUGUAAAUAUCAAAUAUUGGAAAUGUUCUUAAUAUUAAGGCAUACAGAGUACACCCUCGUAUUUUGUCUAUACUAACCUUAUAAAGAUAUACGUAGUUUUUUUUCUAAAUGUUCUAGUAAUAAACCAAUCGUUAUGAUAGUAUCAGACUGUCAACUGUCACAACUAAAUUAGCCAACUCAACGGUUGCGUUGUAAUUGCCCCAAUAUAUAAAACCUUGAUAUUUUUAACUUUAAGACGUUAAUUAAAACUGGAUUAAAAAACUAUUUAAUAAUUCCCGAUCAUGUAUAAUACAAAAUGCAUUUCUCUCUGAACCAUUUAAAUUAGAAAGAGGUUUUAGGCACGUCGAUCAUUUAUCUCCAUAUAUAUUUGUUUUAUGUGUUGAAAUUCUCGGCAUCAUAGUUAGAAAUUCACCUAAUAUUAAAGGUAUCACUAUACAUAGAGAGGAAUAUUUAAUCAUAAUAUGCAGAUAAUACUAGUUUUAUUCUUGAUGGCUUGGCAGAAUCUCUACACAAUAUACUAUCAGUUU